AGAAGAAACAAUACGUGAAUGGGCACGAAAAUUUAUUGAUAUAGCUGAUAAACAAAAAUUAAUACAAGUUAACCAUGAAAAUCUCUUGAAUAAUUUAAAACGGCAAUAUAAAUAUUCUAUUUUAACAUAUUGUAUCAAUCAAAUGCAUGAUGGAAUUGAUCGAACAAAAGAUAUUGAAUUAUUUAAUUGUAAAAGUAGUACAAACUAUCUUUUAUCAAAAUUACAGAUAGCUGUUACAAGUACAAGAAAAAUACAAGAUCUUUGGAAAAAACAAAAUGAAUCAAAUGAAAGUUAGUCAAUGUGUUUCAUUGUAAACAUUUCCAUUGGAAUAAAAGAUUUUGAAUCUUCUAACGGGUGAUUAGAGAGUUUGUCGACAAGAUCUUUGUUUACUUUUGAUCUGUUAGAAAAUAUUUUCGGCGAAUCAAAAGCUAUGAAUUUAUGCUCUUUUUGAAUAUGGGCUUAGAAAUUUUAUUCAAGUGUAGUAAAAUAAUUUUCCAGAAAAUUAGUUCGGACGGGACUUCGAAGCCGACGUUUCCGAUGAACAUAUUUGUUCAUUUUGGCAUGCUUCAAUGCAUUUCAGACGAGUCAAAAAGCUAUAGGUUCUGACCAGAAUUUAAGCAUGAGCUUAGAAAUGUUGUGUCUAUUUUUGUUUAAGAGUAGUGAAGAACUUUUGGUAAGAACUGAAAAAUUAUUUUUAAUGGGGAGCCAAUAGGUAUUUUGUUUACCAUAUAAAUCCUUUUUCGAAUAUGCUACAAAUUGUCAGAAGUGUGGUUGUUUUCUAAAGUGUACACUUCUCUACAAAAUAUGAUAUGAAACUAAGCUGUAGCUUUUACCCAGAUAUUUUUUGUUCAAGAGCUUUGUUCCACGCAAAACGGUUGUCAAUUUUUCAAAAAAAAAAUAUUUAGAAAAAACGAAAAUUGAGAUGUCUUGUCAAAAGAGAAAGAAGAUUUGAAAUAGUGUAUUUCGUAGGGUAGCUUCUCAUCUACCAGCUGAUGUAUAAAUAAAGGUCC